CAACAACCAAGGUAGCUAGCUAGCAUGGGAUCGCGAUACCAUGUGGUGAUGGUGGCGUACCCGGCGCAGAGCCACGUCGCGCCAUUGAUGCAGCUGGCGGGCCUCCUCCACGCCCGCGGCGCCCACGUUACCUUUGUCCACACGCAGCUGAACUACCGGCGCCUGGUGGACGCCAAGGGCGAGGCCGCCGUGCGCCCCUCCUCUUCCCCGAGCUUCCGCGUGGAGGUCAUCGACGACGGCCUCUCCGCCUCGGUGCAGCAGCACGACGUGGCCGGCGUCGUCCACGCCCUGCGCCGCAACUGCCGGGGCCCCUUCCGCGCGCUGCUCAGGAGGCUGCCCCCCGUGACCUGCGUGGUGGCGGACACGGUGAUGACCUUCGCGGCCAUGGAGGCCCGGGAGGCCGGCGUGCCGGACGUGGGCUUCUUUACCGCGUCGGCGUGCGGCCUCAUGGGCUACUUCCAGUACGGCGAGCUCAUCAAGCGAGGCCUUGUCCCUCUCCCUCUCCAAGCGGAAGCUGCCGGUGAUGCGAUGGCGACGCCGCUCCACUGGGUGCCGGGGAUGAGCCACAUGCGGCUCAAGGACAUGCCGUCCUUCUGCCACACCACGGACCCGGACGACCCCAUGGUGGCCGCCACCCUGGAGCAGAUGCAGACGGCCCUCGGCUCAAAGGCCGUCGUGCUCAACACCCUGUACGAGCUGGAGAAGGAGGUGGUGGACGGGCUGGCCGCCUUCUUCCCGCCGCUCUACACCGUCGGCCCGCUUGCGCUGCCGGAGGCUGCCAGUGCUGGCAUGGACAUCAGCGUCUGGCAGGAGGACGCCCAGUGCCUGGCUUGGCUGGACAAGAAGAAGGCGUCGUCCGUGGUGUAUGUCAACUUCGGCAGCAUGCACGUGAUGCCGGCCGCGCAGCUGCGGGAGUUCGCGCUCGGGCUGGCCAGCUGCGGCUUCCCGUUCCUGUGGGUAAAGCGGCCCGACGUGGUGGACGGCGAGGAGGAGGAGCAGGAGGCGGAGGAGUUGCUGGCCGCGGUGGCGCGCGGCGAGGGCCUGGUGGUGCCGUGGUGCGCGCAGCCGGCCGUGCUGAAGCACAAGGCGGUGGGUCUGUUCUUGACCCACUGCGGGUGGAAUUCGGUGCUGGAGGCGGUGGCGGCCGGCCAGCCGCUGCUGUGCUGGCCCCUGUUCGCGGAGCAGAGCACCAACUGCAGGCAGGUGUGCGAGUGGUGGGGCAACGGCGCGGAGCUCCCCAAAGAGGUGGAGCACGGCGCCGUGUCGGCGCUGUUGAGGGAGAUGAUGGAGGGGGAGCUUGGGAGGGAGAAGAGGGCCAAAGCGGCCCACUGGAAGGCGGCCGCCGAAACAGCUACCAGGGGAGGAGGUUCGUCUUGCCGGAGCCUCCACCGCUUGCUGGAACAUGUCCUGCUGCCGCUCCGCACACACUGACAUGUCAUCAUUUUCUAUGAUUCUUUUCACAAUAAGCACACGAUGGGUUGUGUUUUCCUUCCUGGUGUUAGACAUAUCUCAUCGCACGAUGGGUUGUGUCUUCACAAUAAGCCCACGCCUUCUCACCUAUGUGUUCGUGUCAUGUGUUAUACCUUCUUGUGCACUCAUUCUGUUUCAUUUUAUCGAUCUAUGAAUAAUACGCAAGCUUUACGUAUUCGCGAAAAA